AAGAAACAAAUAGUACAGAUUUAAUAAACCUAAUUCAUUUUAGUUGGCCUAAUAAAAUAGGCAAACAAGAUAGUAUAUGUACAUCCCAUAAUCUGUUUACGUUGAUAUGUUUUAAACGGUUAAGGACAGGUGAAAUAUGAGUUUUGAAGGGAGAAAUUACUGUGAAACAUGUACGUUAAGAACGGCUUUAGUUUUGUUCGGCGGAUUUUUGGUGCAUCUAGCUUUAGGGGCUAUGUACACAUUCGGUAACUUUGCGCCAUAUUUUAUUUCUUACAUACGUAACCGGACAGACGACACGGAGAUCAGAAAUGUGGAUAGUUUGUGGAUAAAUGCCGCCGGUACCGUCGGAAAUUGUGUUGGUUUGACUGUUGGUGGCAUAUUUGCGCAUUUAUUUGGUGCAAGGAUUGCAACUCUUAUAGGGUCGGUUGUGUUCUGCGGUUCAAUUGGUGCCAAUUACUUCAGUGUAAAUCAUUCGUUUAUUGCUGUUGUGUUCACAUAUGGACUCACAGGCUACCUUGGGCACAAGUUGACCUAUGGAACGCCCGUUCAAACGGCGAUAAAGUGGUUACCAGAACAUUCAACAUUGGCUGCCGGUAUUAUUGUUAGUGGGACUGGAGGAGGUUCUUUAAUCUUCAACCAAGUUAUAACAGGUUAUAUAAACCCGGAUAAUCUGUCUCCAGAUUUGAUCACGGCGGAUGGUGGGAGGUAUUUCACACAGCCAGAGCUGCUAGAUAGAGUGCCGACAUGUUUUCUGAUCCUCAGUGCAAGUUAUUUUGCCUUGCAGCUUAUUGGUAUUGCAUGCAUUUCAGACCCACCAAUUACUUCAUCACAGGAUCCUUUACAUAUGGUGAAUAGCAAUAAAGAAAGCGUUGGAAAGCCAUGUGUCGAACUAAAAUGGUAUAAAACCAGCGAAGAUAGUCCACAACACAUUGAUUCAAAUGUUAAAAAACAGGCUGAAGAUUAUGACAAUUUUGGAUAUGUUGGCGUUGAAAACGUUAAAGUUGAUUCUGAGAAAAACGCAAAUGUGCCCAAUGGUGAAAACGCCGGUUUGCCCAAUGGUGAAAAAGCAGCAAGUAAAAAGAAUGAGGAAGAUGUCAGCGUUCCUGAAGAACUUGGGAUAAUCGAGGCCAUAAAGUUUGCAUUGAGGUGUCGCAGUUUCUACGUAGUAUGGUUGACUAUAAUGCUUAUGAACGGUGGCAUGCAGUUUAUAAAUGGCCUAUAUAAGGCUUAUGGGCAGACGUUUAUAGCAGACGACCAUUUCCUGGCACUCACAGGCUCGCUCGCGGCCAUUUUUAACUGUAUUGGUCGUCCAAUAUGGGGAGCAGUUAUGGACAGAACAGGGUUUAGAGUUGCUGUGAGAUGCGUCUCAGGAGGUUUUGUUAUUAUGCUGGCCACACUUAUUCUUACUGAGCAUCUUCCAAAGUAUCUUUUCUUAGUGUGGAUCUGUGCCUUGUACUUCUUUUUCUGUGGUAUUUGGUCUAUAAUGCCGGCUACACUUGCAAAACUGCUGGGACCACAACAUAUGGCAAUAAACUAUGGAAUAAUAUAUACCGGGCUGUCUGUGGUUAGUAUACUCGGAAGUCUUUUUGGAACAUCAUUGAAGGCAAUGAUAGGCUGGCAUGGUUUAUUCUCUAUGGCAGCUGGGCUUGGAGCGUUAGUUUUUCUGGUGACGUUUCUUUUCAAUGGAAUAGAUAGAAAUGGAAAGGAGAUAUAACAUAAACUUCACCUAAUCAGAUACAAUGUUUAGAAUGUUCAAUGUAUAUCCAAAAUACUAGUAUUUAUCUAGCUGUAAGCAACAUGAAUGUUCAUCAAUAUAGUGUCGAUUUUCUGGCAAGAUCAAUUUGAUAAUAAUGAAAAUGUGACUUACUUCAAACAUUGAUAUUUUGGUAGUUCAUUUUUGGAAAAAAAAAUAGAUGACUUAAUUUAACAAACUAGUGAUUGCCACUAUCUCCUCAAAUAACCGACUAAUAACCCUGCAUGAAUAAGUGGUAUAUCAGAUUGAAAAACUUAGAUAUAAUUACUUUCAAAAUAAUUAGGACUAUUUAGCAAUGAAAUUUCUUCUUAUACAAUUAAAUGUUAUGCAAUGUGAACUCCCAAUCCGAACCAUGAAACACUUCAGAAUGUGUCUAUAUACAUGCUGGUCGUUUAGGAAAAGUUAACACGAUGUGUUUACCUGUUUUGCUUUAACAUUAACACGUUUAUAAAUAAAAUUGAAAUGUAUGGAAAAUGUAGUCUUGCAGAACUAUUUCUCUAUAAUUGGAUGACAAAAACGCAACUUAAUGAAAUAUCAGUGUAUUUUUUGUUAUUCGUGUCAUAUUUUGAAAUAUAAAAUGAAUCACUUACUUCAUUUUUU